AUGGAGUAUUACGAACUAUGCAAAUUAGACAAAACUGUAUCUUCAAAAAAACAGAAUCAAUUUGCACCUAGACAUCCAUUUAGAUUAUUGGUUGUGGGCACCUCUGAGUCUGAAAAGAUGAGUAUAGUAAUACAUUUGCUCCUAGAAAGUAAAUAUCUAAAAAUAUAUCUGUGGAUGUCUGGUGAAAAACAUAGUUAUAAUAUAUCAAAAGAAGGAAUCAAAAAUUUUGGUAAAAG